AGUUUUGGUGCUAAACUAAUUAAUUAUGUCAGACAGUUGUCAUGCUUGAGGUUAGCUUUGAAUCUCUGUGAUAAUGACUUUGAGCCAAGCAUUAGAAUGCGCUUUGCAAGAACACCACAAUUAUGUCAACUUAGUUCUGAAACAGGAAAAAAACCUUAG